CUAUUUUGUAUACAUCUAUGUCCAUUGUUGUUAUUGACAACAUUCUGGAUGUGAAGAUAAUUUGUCUAUCGAGAUUUAAAAGAAUAUAUUGACACCAAAAUGGUUAUGAUAGAGGAUUCCAAAGAAAUUCAGGUUGUUGACAAAUCAGCCAUUGAUGAUGCAGCUUUUGAAGACAUGGAAGAGGAUUUUUUAGAGGUACUAGCACAGCUCGCUGGAGAUAGAAGUCUUGAAAAGUUCCGAACAGAAUAUGAGAAGCUAUACAAAGCCUUGAAGAAGUCUCAUGAAGGUGAAAAAAGGCUUAUGGGAAAGUGUCGUGAACUGAAUGCUGAAACUGUUGCAAAUAGAGCUAAAGUUACAACAUCACAGAAAUUAUCAAAUGAUGAUACACAAACCAUAGCAGAACUAAAAGAGGAAAAAGCCCAAGCAACUGAAAAUGAAGUGAUGGCUCGUGAAAAAGAGCAUCAAACAAGAGAAAAGAUUACAGCACUGAAACGUGGCAUUAAUGAUUUGACAAAGAAAAUUGAGCAUGGGUCUGGUUUGUCUAUUGGACAAGAGAAAAGUGUUAAUGAACUGCUAAAGACAAAAGAAGAAUUAACAAAAGAAAGAGAUGUACAACUUCAGGAGAUUGUUAAAUUAAGAGAACAGCUAGCCCAAACUUAUGCUGAACAACAAAAAUUAGAUCAGGAAAGAGCAAAAACAGAUGAAAAAAUAGCAGAGCUUAAAAAAGAUAUUACAGAAAAGAAUAAGGAUGCAGAUGAAGAAAGGAAGAAGAAAGAUAAGGUUGACAGAACAUUAAGGGAGGCCAAACUGAAUCUAGAAACACGGACAAAUGCAUGUAAAACUAUUGAGGACAUGAUAGCAGCUUACAAAGAAGACAUUACUAAACUAGAACAGAAGCUUAAGGAUCUGAGGGUUCUUAACGAACGCUCUAAGAAGGACUAUGAAGUUUUGACAAGCAGAUCACACAAACUCCAACACGAAUUUGAACAACUCUCAUUUGUAACUGAACAGCUUGCUGCUGAAAACACAUCUAGAGUAAAUGAACUAAAGCAAAAGGAAAAUGAAGUUGACCAUUUAAAGAAAGAGACACAACAUGUUAACAAAGUGAGAGAAGGUAUACAGAAGAAGAUCCGAGAGAUUGAAAGUAAAAAGGCAGAAAUAGAGGGAGAAAGAGAUAAACUGAAGGACGAAAAUAAUCAGCUUCAGAGUCAUUUAAAUGAAGCUUAUAAAAAAGCAGAACAGGACAAGAAAGACAUUGAACAGCUGACAAGAAACAGAGACAUAUUUAAAAAGAAUGCCAUGAAAGCAGAAACUGCUACAAGAAAACAAGAAGAAUUAGUGAAGUUUCAUGAAAAUUCCAAGAAACAUCUUCAGCAAGAGAUUGAAAAUUUCAGAGAAGAGGCAAAGAAGCAAAGAAAAAUAAUCUACCAACUAGAGAAAGAAAGAGACCAAUAUAUUCAGAAAGCUAGUGAUUUUACUCAUCAGGUACUGAAUGAUAUGGAAGAAGUAAAGAAGAAAGAAAUGAAGAUAUUUGAAUUGAAGAAAAAGAUAGCUGAAGCAGAAACAAAACUAAAACAACAACAAAAUUUAUAUGAAGCUGUACGAAGUGAUAGGAAUGUUUACAGUAAAAAUCUAAUCGAGUCACAGGCAGAGAUUCAAGAAAUGGCAAAGAAACUUAAGAACAUGUACCAUCUGAUAAGCCAACUAAAGGAAGACAUUCAAUCUAAAGAGAAUGCAUUGAUUAAAUCAUACUUUGACAAUAAGAAAGUAGAAAAGGAUAAAGAAGUGUUAAGAAACAGCUUAAAGAAAAGUAAAGAACAGUCCAGGGAAUGUAAAGCAUUUAUUGGUGCACAGGAAUCAGAAGAAAGAAAACUUCUCAAAAUCAUUGCAGAAGCUGAUGCUGAAAGGAUUAGGCAAAAGAAGGAACUCGAUCAAGUAAUCAGUGAGAGAGAUAUCAUUGGAACACAAUUUGUUCGUAGUAAAGAUGAACUUAGACAACUUUAUGAGAAGAUUAAAAUCCAAAGAUCUAUGUUGAACAAAGGAGAGACGCAGUAUAACCAGAGACUUGGAGAUACAGCCUUACUGAAAUCUGAAAUCAGGAAAUUACGUGGACAAAAAACUGUGCUGCAAAAGAAAGUGGCUGAUACUGAUGAAUUGAGAAUGGAAACCUACAACAUCCAGAGAGAACUACUGAGGGAACGAACAAGAUGUACUGCCUUGGAGGAGGAGCUUCUUAAUCCUAUGAAUAUUCAUAGAUGGAGAAAAUUAGAGGGAAGUGAUCCAAGCACUUAUGAACAUAUACAGAAAAUCCAUGCAUUGCAAAAACGUUUAAUUACCAAAAAUGAGGAAGUAGAAGAAAAAGAACUUUUAGUUCAGGAAAAAGAAAAACUUUAUAUUGAAUUAAAUCAUGUGUUAGCUCGACAACCUGGUCCUGAAGUGGCAGAACAGUUACAAGUUUACAAUUCAACACUCAAAGAGAAAAAUAAACAAAUAAAGGCAAUGAAUCAGGAGCUGUAUAUGUAUGAGUCACAAGUCAGCGAGUAUAAGUAUGAGAUUGAACGUAUUGACAAAGAAUUGUUAGAGGUCAAGAAAAAGUACAUUUUACAGAAAAAGAAAGAGCAAAAAGCACAGGAAAGAGAACAGGUAUUAGCCCAAGUUGGUCAGUCAAUGCUUAACCCCUCCAGAAUGGAAGGACCUAGUUUUUCAGGAGGAGGAUUUAAUUUCCAGGCCUCUGCAUCAUUGCCAUUGUAAACAAUAUAAUUAUUCUGUUAAGAUAUUUGUAAACUUUAUUUGAUUAUGUUUUUACAUUCCAGUACAAAAAUAAAAGAAAUUCAAUAGUUCAGAAUAUAAUAUGUGGGACAAUACUGUUAAAUUCUCUUAAAAAUUUUGGGUUAUUUUUUUUUUGAAUUUGUUUGUGGUUGCAUAAAUUAUCAAAACCAAUGAAAAUUUAUUAAAUCAUAGGAUUAAAGAUCUGAUUUCUACACAUAACACUAAAAAUUUGUUUUCCCAAUGAAAAAAAUACUUAGGAAUAGGGAUCAAAGAAUUUAUAUAAGAUUUUUACACAGAAAUAUAUACAUAAUGUGACAGUGAUUGAUUUUAUACCUGUGAUAAGUAAUAUUAAAUGCAUUUGUUUAUGUACCUGAUAUGUAUGAAUUAUUAAAUAUUUAUUUGUUAAA